GUGAUCGAGCGACAGAUUCUCGACAUCAGCUAACAUGGAAGAGGCUAUAAAAUGCCGUCGAAUCAUGUGUCCAGGCAUCUCUUGACCGCAGCAAUCAUAACGAUACAAUUCUGGAACCUCAAAACCUAUCACAUCAGCCAGCUACCAAGCUAUCAUCGCCUCGUUAAUCUGGAACCAACAUGCCAACACCCCACCGCGACACAAUCUACUACUUCCGCAAUUGUGACCACAUUGUGGUAGGUAACCAACUCGACGCAGCCCUCGCCCCUACCGAACACCAUGUCCAAAUCAUUCCCGUGUUGACUGUAUGUCCUGAAUGCAAGGCUGCCGCUAUAGCAGGAGAAUUGUCUCCCAGCACCAGCCAGGCCUAUUCCUUUGGUCUGUCUGAGUUGGACUUGGAAGAACAUCUCUGCAUGAUCGAUAUCAAUGUCGACGACACAUCUUCCGUAGAUGCUCGUCAUUAUCCUCGUGCAUCUCCCCCACCUGCUCCUACUACUCCUUUUUCUUCUUUUCAUCCUCUCUAUUCUUCUAUCAACCAGGAAUUGUCCAGCUACGGAGCCUCCAAUUCUGAAAGCAGCUAUGUCGUGAUAAGCUCCUCUGAACCGUCUAGCAAUAACUCCCAAUUACAGGGGUUGUUCAUUGGGGGACCACCUGCCUCUGAGAGGAGUUAUGUCGUGAUAAACUCGUCUCACUCUCAUUCUAAUGACACGAGUUCACACCAAGAACAAUAUGACGCCGACCUGAGCAGCUUUGAAGCCAUCAUCCCUGGCUCUAAUCACAGCCUGGCACAUCGUCACAGUCAUCGAACCACGCACUUCAAUACCUCUCGACCAAGCAGAAAAACGUCGAAAAAGGGCCACAAACACUCCAAACGCAGAAGAGAGCGAAAAUCCCCUCACCUAUUGCCCUACCACCAGCAAAGGCUCCGUUCAGUCCACGACGGUACGAUAAUCAAAUACGGACGACAAAUGGUUUAUCCUAACAGACACAUCUCUUCUCUAUCGUCAGUAUCUGAGCGGAUUCUGAAACGGAGGCAUUGCAACUGGGUGCGCGCGAUUGUACUUCAAUUCGAGCCUGGUCUUUUCCGGAUGGUUAAGAGGGAUGAUGAUUAUGAGGAUCCUACGAUCGGGAUGAGUGUAGACGAGGAAUUAAAUUAUUAUGAUAGAAAGUUGUGUGGAUAUGCGAAGGUGAUCAGGGAGUGGCGGCGUAGGGGGAGGAAUGUUGACGUAUGACAAUACUAGAAUUGGACUAUAGAGUAUGAUAUACUGAUACCAAUGUUGUAUUGCCUAGUUAUUGGCUACUAUUUGAAAGA